UACUGCUAACAACAACAACAAGGCUAGGAAAGCUCGUCAAGUUCACUGCACAGAAACUCAAAAUUCUAGACGCAUAGGGCGUGCUAUUUUCCCUACGUUGCAGCGUACAACAAUUAAGCUAUGCUUUAGAAACAAGGUUUACUGCUUCGACAGUAACAAGGCGAACAGCCUCCUGACGGACGUCAAGUCGAAGCUCGCAGCUAGCUCGCUCACGUUAGCCGGGGGAAGAAGUGUGCAAGUUUCUGUAAGAAAAUGGAGUUGGAGGACGUCGUCCUGUACCAGGACGAUUCCUGCAACUCGACUAUGAUGUCCGAGCGGGUCUCUGGUCUGGCCAGUUCGAUAUACCGAGAGUUCGAGCGACUCAUCGCCAAGUACGACGAGGACGUGGUGAAGCAACUGAUGCCGCUCGUCGUCGCUGUACUAGAGAACUUGGACUCUGUGUUCGCUGUCAACCAGGAGCAUGAAGUGGAGCUCGAACUGCUCAAGGAGGACAACGAGCAACUUGUCACUCAGUACGAACGAGAGAAGUCGCUCAGAAAACAUAUCGAAGAGAGAUACAUUGCAAAUGAAGAUUCCUUGGAGGGUGAGAGGAAAGAUCUCCAAAGGCAAGUGGCGACUCUGGAGUCACACUCGCGUCAUCUGGAGCUAAAAAUGAGAAACUAUGCCGAUCAAAUCAUCAGGUUUGAGGAGAGAGAAGCAGAGCUCAAGAAGGAGUAUAAUGCUCUUCACCAGAGACACACUGAGAUGAUCCACAGCUACAUGGAGCACUUGGAACGAAGUAAACACCAGCAUGCAGUAACAUCAGAGCCCUCAGAUACGGGCACGGCCACCUCUGCUCGAAUGCGGAAGGAGCGUCCCAUCUCCAUGGGCAUCUUUCAAGUCCCAGCGAUUGAUGGCAUGAGCACUGACCUCCAGAGGAACCCUGUGGAUGUCCAGUCUGAAGCUUGGAGAUUCAAUAAUCUCAGCCAUUCUAUGUCCAACACCAGUCUCAAGGAUGAACUGGCCAACGUGAGCCAAGAAGGAUCGAAAUCAACCACUCCAACUAAGCAGGGAGGGUUCUCCAAAAAACAUCCAUCAUCGUCAGAAGGAGGAACAUCUAACGCCCCAGUAUCUCACAUAUGUAGCUUGAAAACAAAUGCCACCUCAUCAACAAAAAGUGAUGAUUGUCAAACUUCUGCACUAGAAUCUCCCAAUGGCAUAGCCUGUAGAGAUACAAGCGCAUCAUCCACCCUAGCAAACGUUUCUGGACCUCUUGUUGCCUCGGCUGUUGCAAUGGAAUCUGUAGGCACACCUCAGGAACAAGGUGGCCUUAAUCAGAAUAUGGAGUACAACACUGGCAAACCCAACAACAGUAAGAGUAUUUCAACAGCGCAGCAUCAACUAGAACAGGAGAAUCAAGAGGCUACAACUGCGCUUCUCAACGAUGGCAAAAACAACCUAGAAAAGUCUGAAGUGUUGGCGAUUAUAGAGUCAACUCCUGAGUUGGACAUGGACCUUGAUGGCUGCCAAGGAACAAGCACACCCACUAAAGGUGGAAUAGAGAAUUUGGCGUUCGACCGGAACACAGACUCUCUGUUUGAAGAGCUGUCCUCUGCAGGAAAUGACUACAUAGGAGAUGUUGAUGACGGAGCAGACCUUUUAGGUAUGGGUCGUGAAGUCGAGCAUCUUAUUCAGGAGAAUGCACAACUUCUGGAGACAAAAAAUGCCCUAAAUGUAGUGAAGAAUGACCUGAUUGCACGAAUGGACGAGCUGUCAUGCGAAAAGGAUGUCCUACAAGGGGAGCUUGAGGCUGUCACUAAGGCCAAGAUCAGACUAGAGGAGAAGAACAAAGACUUAGAAGACCAACUGAAGAAAGUUCGAUCUGAACUUGGAGACAGCAAACAGAAGUUCAAGACCGAGAAUGAGGAUGAUAGUGAUGUGCCCACAGCACAGAGGAAACGUUUCACCCGGGUGGAAAUGGCUAGAGUACUGAUGGAGAGGAACCAGUAUAAGGAGAGGCUGAUGGAACUACAAGAGGCUGUCAGAUGGACAGAGAUGAUUCGAGCAUCAAAGGAAAAUCCAACACUUCCAGAGAAGAAGAAAUCGAGCCUCUGGCAGUUUUUCAGCCGUUUGUUCAGUUCGUCGGGUGGUGCAACCAAGAAGCCUGCUACAGAAGCCCCAGUCAACGUGAAGUACAAUGCACCCACCUCGCACAUUCAACCUUCUGUCAAGAAGAGGAGCAGCACCUUGCAGCAGUUACCCAGUGACAAGAGCAAAGCCUUUGAUUUUCUUAAUGAGGAAUUGGCAGUGGAGAGCAUCGUUUCCAGGCGAGAACAGAAGCGAGCACAGUACCAGCAGGUUAAAGCGCAUGUCCAGAAAGAGGAAGAGGGCAGAGUGCAGGCUUAUGGCUGGAGCUUGCCCAAGAAGCACAAAAGCAAUGGUGGUCAGGAGAAGAUAAAAGACCUACCAGUUCCUGUCUUCCUUAGACCCCUGGAUGAGAAAGACGCUUCGAUGAAGCUGUGGUGUGCUGCUGGUGUGCACUUAUCUGGAGGUAAAACCAGAGAUGGGGGUUCCAUUGUAGGAGCCAGUGUGUUUUACAGCAAUGUGUCAGGACAAGAGAGUCCCAAAAAGAAAAUGGGAUCUCAAAGUAGCCUGGAAAAACUGGAUCAAGAACUUAAGGAACAGCAGAAAGAAUUACGGCAACAGGAUGAGUUGUCAUCACUGGUGUGGAUUUGUACCAGCACUCAGUCGACCACGAAAGCUGUUGUCAUUGAUGCCAACCAACCUGGAAUCAUCCUGGACAGCUUCUUUGUGUGCAAUGCACAUGUCCUCUGCAUCACUAGCGUACCAGGUGCAAGAGAGACUGACUAUCCAGCAGGUGAGGAACUAACCUUGAGUUCAGAAUCUGCGUCAGUGGAAAAGGCAUGUUUGUCCGACAGUAGUACCAGCACAGCAGGCAGUGACAGUGUGCUUGGAGGCAUUACUGUCGUAGGAUGUACAGCCGAGGGAGCAACAGCCAUUCCUCAGACAGCAGACAGUGCAAUAAAAGAAAAUGGAGGAACAGAGGCCACUGAGGAGAGUAGCGGAAUAUACACUGAACAUGUCUUCACUGAUCCUUUGGGGCUGCACCACACAACAGAGACUUCCGCCAACUACUCUCAAAGAGAGUCUGACAUGGUGAAAGACAGCAUGAGGGCAAACUCCAGCACUGAGAAACAGGAUCCUAUGAGAGAAGAGGCUCCACAGAUGAGUAGUGUCCUGCCCACUAUGUGGCUCGGAGCACAGAAUGGAUGUGUGUAUGUCUACUCAUCUGUGGCACAGUGGAAAAAGUGUCUCCAUUCAGUAAAGCUUAAAGACUCUGUACUUGGCAUAGUGCACGUGAAAGGGCGCGUCCUGGUUGGCCUUUCUGAUGGCACAUUAGGCAUCUUCCACCGUGGAGUUGAUGGACAGUGGGAUCUGACCAACUAUCAUUUGCUUGAGUUGGGCAAACCUCACCACUCCAUCCGCUGCAUGGCUGUGGUACACGACAAGGUCUGGUGUGGUUUCAGGAACAAGAUCUAUGUGGUGCAGCCCAAAGCCAUGAAGAUAGAGAAGUCAUUUGAUGCACACCCUCGUAAGGAGAGCCAGGUGCGUCAGUUGGCUUGGGAGGGUGACGGCAUCUGGGUGUCCAUCAGGCUGGACUCCACGCUCAGGCUCUUCCAUGCCCACACUUUCCAGCACCUUCAGGAUGUGGACAUUGAGCCUUAUGUCAGCAAGAUGUUGGGUACGGGGAAACUGGGCUUUUCAUUUGUGCGCAUCACGGCUCUCAUGGUGUCGUGUAAUCGUCUGUGGAUUGGAACUGGAAACGGAGUCAUCAUUUCGAUCCCUCUAGCAGAGACAGCCAACAAGCAAACCAAGGGAGCCCAGAACCAUCCUGGGAAUGUUAUUAACGUUUACGGUGAUGAGAGCAGUGACAAAAUAGCAGCAGGGACAUUUGUGCCAUACUGCUCCAUGGCUCAUGCUCAGCUCUGUUUCCAUGGACACCGUGACGCUGUUAAGUUCUUCACUGCCGUCCCAGGGCAUGCGCUUCCAUCUGUAUCCAGCUGUGGAGAUUCAUUAGGGGACAAGACAUCAGAUACCAUAUCUCAGGAUGGAACCAAGUCUAUGUUGGUGAUGAGUGGAGGAGAAGGCUACAUUGACUUCAGGAUGGGAGAUGAGGAGAGUGAAGCAGCCGAAGAGGAGGAUGCGCCAAUGAAACUUCAGCCCCCCCUUUCUAUUGCCGAGCGCAGUCACCUCAUCGUCUGGCAGGUCCUGGACAACGAGCAAUGACCUCUGGCCUUGGAACCCUCAGGGCUGCCUCAAGCACUUUGUUUUCAAAGCCAAACGAUAACAAGUUAUCCAGUUCAAGGACCCAAAUGUUUUUCAGUUAAUAAAAAAAAUAUAUAUAUUUAUUCAGCACAUCUAUUUUACUGCUGAGUCAUCCCAUGCAUAAACCAGUAAAUUAUGUUGUUAAUUAUAUUUUAAUCCAAGCUGUACUAUCUGUAUUUCUCCUCUUUAUGACAGUGGAUGGGGAAUAAUGUACAAAAAAAAAAAACUGACAAGCUCAAUGGAUUUUUUUGAGCACUUUUUAUUUUUUUCAAGUCCCGAAAUGUCUUUCAACACCUCCAAGCCCCCAGUCUUGGAGAUGGAUGAUUAUAAUAUAAAUAUAUAUUUGAAGAUGCAACCACAACAGAGGCACCCCCAGUUUGUGCCUUUUGUCAAAUAGUGAUGUUCUAAUCGAAACAAAUUCUGACAGCUUUUUACAUGAACUGUUGUGCUGAAGACAAGUCAAACCAAUCACGUGACAAAAGAUGCGUUACUGGACCUGCUAGAUCCAUAAACAUGUGCACGCAUUUCCAAAUAAUCUCAUUUUGACAGGUUGUGACGGAACAUUAAAUAGAAAAACCCAUGAGCAGCAAUAUAACUGGAUGCUUUUACCAAUAUCACACACCACUUCAUGUUCUAGAUUGUUUACCAGCAAAAAGGACAAUUCUUUUUAUGUGACCUUUUUUUUAAUAUGAUGGAAAUAAGAUGGUUUGUGAAUGAACAACUCAGCUUUGACACUAAUUCAUGACAAACAUGGCUAUUACAAUGAAGUGUAUGUUUUAAUUUUACAGUUAACCUAAAAUUCGCAUACCGUAUUCUAUCACUUUCCUUCAUUUGGCAUGCUGUUGCUUUUCAGAAAAUUUAAAUACUUCUCCGUCUGCCUUAGGCUUUUCCAACCGGAUGUUUUUUGGCUUGAAAGAAUGUCAUCGAUGCUACCAAAGUAUUAUUAAUCCAAGAUUGCCCCAUGCCGAAUUAAGAAUUGUGGCACCUUUUAGUAACAAAAGUCACCCGGUUAUCCAAACAUGCAUAUUUUUUUGUAAGAGAAAUCUUGGUGUAAAUAAGAUGUAUUUUUAGAGCGUUCUGUUUGGAAAAUGAGCCAGAAUAUUUUCAGAGUGAGAGAGACAACAAAAACUACUGUGUGGAUCCAACUUAGCAUUUACAGGUUUUACAGCAAUAUGCGCGAAAUAUUUUCUUUUAUUUGAAUGAACUUUUAUGGUGGUGUUGUAAUAACAACCAAACUGAUUUCUGGCUUCUG